AUUUGACAUUUUAUAAGUAUGGGUCGGGUGGGGAUGUUGUGGGUUUACCGAAAUAAUGAAGUUAAUUUUAAUAUUAUAGUGAAUUAACAAUGAAUUGUUAGUGUAAAGCAUUUAACUACAUAUCAGUCAGUAUUUUUGUAUAUGUUAUUUAAUAUUUUUGUGAUUGUUUUAUUAUAAAGAACGGUACAAUGUCCUCGGGAGUAGCAGUGUGGUCCAUGGGGCUGAUAUGCCUGGGGUGCAUGUGGCUGAUCUCCCACCUCUACCACCUGCUCAUCGACGCGUACGAGCAGUCCGCCACACUCAGUGAUAUUGAGUAUUCAUGGUUCUUCCGGCUGCUGCUGAACCUGGUGGGGUACUCGACGGUGCUGCUGCCCAUGUUCAUCCUGUACAAAUAUCUCGACAGAAUCAACUACUUCGAUAAGAUAAGCAACACGGGCUUCACGUACCGCGUGCUGUUCGCGUGCUUCGGCGAGCCGGGCGAGCGCCUGCCCGACGCCGCCAAGCGCAAGGACGAGACGCCGGCGCGCGAGGGCGCCGAGCUGGCCUUCUGCUUCAUCGGCCUCAUGGCUUCCUACCUGGUGUGGGGGCUGCUGCAGGAGAAGAUCAUGACGCAGAGCUACGUGAUGUCGGACGGCAGCACGCAGCGCUUCAGCGACUCCGCCUUCCUGGUGUUCGUGAACCGGCUGGCGGCGCUGCUGCUGGCGGGCGGGCGGCUGCUGUGCACGCGGGCGGCGCUGGCGCCGGCGCCGCUCUACAAGUUCUCGUACUGCGCGCUCACCAACGUGCUGAGCGCCUGGUGCCAGUACGAGGCGCUCAAGUACGUCAGCUUCCCCACGCAGGUGCUGUCCAAGUCGUGCAAGGUGAUCCCGGUGAUGCUGAUGGGCAAGCUGGUGUCGCGCAACAAGUACGACGCCUACGAGUACGUCACCGCCGUGCUCAUCUCCGUCGGCAUGGUGCUCUUCAUGUUCGGCAGCCACGACGACAACAUGGUGUCGAGCGCGAUGACGCUGUCGGGCGCGGCGCUGCUGGCGCUGUACAUGGUGGCGGACAGCUUCACGUCGUCGUGGCAGGGCGCCGUGUUCGCGCGCUACGGCUGCGGCGCGCUGCACAUGCUGUGCGCCGUCAACGCCUUCUCCUGCGCCCUCACCGCCGCCGCGCACGCGCACCACGCGCCGCCGCUCAGCCUGCUGCACCACCCGGUGUUCGCGGCGGACGUGAUCGUGCUGUCGGUGAGCUCGGCGGUGGGGCAGCUGCUCAUCUACCACACCAUCUCGCGCUUCGGCGCCGUCGUCUUCACCAUCAUCAUGACGCUGCGCCAGGCGGUGUCGAUCCUGUUGUCGUGCGCGGUGUACGGGCACGCGGUGUCGGCGGGCGGCGCGCUGGGCGUGCUGCUGGUGCUGGGCGCCGUGCUGCUGCGACUGUAUGCGCGGGCGCGGCGCCGCGGACGCAGGGCCCUGCCCGCAUGAACACACACACCUCACUCCUUCACUUCUACCUAACUCAAACUACAGUUCAAUUUCCUAAACCACUUGUAAUAUUCUACUACCGAAAUAUAUCCACAGGGUGAAAUGACAUAUUUAAUUCGAAAUGUUUGUCAGCAGUACCUACGCCCGCUCUUAUUGAGUAAUACACGUGACACUCUCGACACAUUUCUAUGGACGGUAUUAUCUCAGUGAUAAGAUACAGUUUGACAAAACUUCACAAACAAUAUAAACACAAAAGCAAAAAGGAGACGAUGUGAUCAGACACAUGAUACGAUCUCACGACCCCAGUGCUCGAAAGCUGUAUUCUAAUAAUAUUUAUCAUGUAUUCGUUUCCUAACCUUAUAUCCGUAGCACUAAUGAAAAGUGCUUUAAGUCCAAUUCUGUCGAAGGAUACACAAGUCAACAGGUGGGUUUUUAACUAUGGACUGCUUUCCAUUAAAAGGACCAUGGGCAAAAAUGUAUGAAGCCUGGGCUCACCCACCAACAGAGAUGAGACCACUUUGAAUAUACUUGUAAAGCACUAAAUAUAAAGAUUUUAACUAAUUUUUGCGAAGAAUCCAUGGGGUUAUUUUGCUAUAAAUAUUUUUCUCCAACCAUAAAUAAACUAAUAUUCUGCAAAAAGUAGUGCUGUUACGGCAUUGUAGGUUUUGUUAUUGAACACCUUUAACUAGUUUUAAUUCCAGGUUUAAUGUAUACAUAAAAAAUAAAAAUAAAUAACUGUUAGCAGCUGCAGUUAAAAUUAUUUUUGUAAACAUUUCAAUCAAUAAUAAUGUCGUCUAAAUAUCCUGCCGGUGGAUUAAAUUGUGUGUGCCUGCCUAACCCUAGAUAUCAUAUUAUUGAAAUGAUAUGAGCACAACUUUCUACUGUGCGUCUACCUGUUAGACACGAGCAGUAAUACUGAGCGAUGGCAUCUCGACCCAUUUCGUUUCUGCUAACCAGAAUGUAUACGUAAUAUGUACGUGCACGAACAUGUCUUGACUGUAUCCUUCUUCUUAAUAGCCACACAUUUUGGUGAUGGAUAUUGCAAUUAUCAAUCAAAAAGUUCCAAUUGUCGUUACCCAUCAGAAUUUGUUCUUGGCAAACUCUGAAAAGCAAAAAAAAACUAUUCUUAGGUGCAUCGGCCUAGAAGUCAGUGUCUAAUGGAUGUUCCUGAGUUUAUACGCCACCGACUUCUAAGCCCAUGCCGAUGCACCUAAGAAUAGUUUUUUUUUGCUUUUCAGUGUUUUUGGGAGUCGGUUUUAUUUGUUUAUAAAAAGUUUUUUUUUUAUUUUUGGCUUUUCAGUGACAAGCAUAGUUGUCACUAUCCGCAUUUGUGGAAAGUUCCCAUCAAUACGAAUAAUAUAAGCCCAAACACGAGGUAGUUUAAUAUGUAAGUUGUCGAGUUCCCUCGAUCUUCUCCGGUCUCCAUCAUCAGGUCAGCUCCAAACCUUCACUGUAGCAUAGUGUUAUCAGACGUACAAUUCACUGUCAAGUUUUUAACCUAUGCACGCCUACAAUUUUCGAAAGUUGCCCUCGAUUUCUCAGGGGUUCCAUCAUCAGAUCCUGACCUGGUGAUUAUGAGGUGGUCCCAUAAUCCUAGCAUAAUCAAAUCCUGCGAAUUAGGUUUUAUGUCAGGAACAACCAAGCGCACUAGACUCCUAACAAUUGUCCUUUUCUACAAAACCUAUUUAAGUGCAUAUCUUUUUUUUGCCAUGGAAUUGAAGGUAGUGCCCAUAGUAACAAUUUUAGUACAAACAAAAACCUUCACAACGGCAUAUGCUACAACUCUGUUGGACAAUGAGCCCAACUUGACUCAUGGUCCUUUCGUUGUCUGUCAGUCAUAAAAUGAACGCUCGAAUUUAUGUAAUAAAUAUUUUCUAUACCUACCAAAAUUAUGAACUGAAGAAUUUAUUUGCUGAAAAAAUAUUUUACUUUGCCAUCUAUUCAUCGGAAGGUGCGGUGAUUGAAGUAAAUCUCUAAAGCCAAAAUUCAAUACAGCUAGAUAAUAAUGCGAUUAUAUUUCAAUCUUUUAGUGGUAAAAUUAUAUACCCAGUGUAACUCGGUUCAUUAGUAUGUUAUUUAUAUAUUAUUUAUAGUGUAUACCGAUAGAAUCAGUAAAUAAGUGGCCAUUAUGUAUUUAUUUCAAAAACACAAAUCUAAUGCCGACCCUAAGGUUGACCCAACCUAAACAUUAUAUUUAUUUAUGUUUAUCCCUAGAAUAAAUCAAGUGGAUAAUUUGUAAACCACGUGUGCAGCAAGUUUGUAAUCACGGUGUUUUCCAUUAUACCAUAUUUCCACAAAUUGUGCAUUCCUUCAAGUUGUCCGUUAGAUUAGUACUCGUUUAUUUCAUCUUCUGCGUGUUGCUUGCGAUACAGUAUUGUACCAAGCAAAAACCAACUGGUAAUUGUGAAAAACCAUUCCUAUUGGUUUUAUAAUCGUCAGCUGACCGAGCGUUGUUAUUGUUCUAUAAGUUGUGUUCACAGUAUGUUUUCUACACAGAUUGGUCCUCAGCGCACAUGAAUAGUAUAAAUCUCCACUAUCCGUAGUUCUCGUGUGUUGUCAUUUAAUUUGUUUUGUAGACGUGUGCGUUUUGCGGCAAUCUUGCAUAUUUUGUGAAAUUAAAAUAAUUGGUCCUUUAUAGUGGUAGGUUGUGACUGCUCAAUUUGGAUAAAAUAUAGGUUUUGUGACCUGACAAUUAAGUGCUUACUAUACAAAAGAAUUGUAUUUGUCGAUUGAGCCAAAUCUUUAAAUAAAAAUUGAUUUUGAAAUUUGCCACCCUGUAUACAUUAAAGUAAGACUAGACGACCAGACGACCAGACUUAAGAAAGUAGAGAAUUUUACAUAAAGGAUUUUAUAGCAUCUCUUGGCUAUAGGAUGUUAGUGACAUCAAGCGUUGGAGAGCAAGGAUGGAAGAAUAGUUUUGUACGCAAGGCGUAUAAGUAGUUGUGUAAUAUGUGGGAAAAGGACUAGAGGCUAAUGUUACCGAGUCAGACUGUUGAUGGGCCUUAAGGCAGUAGUGUAAGUGUGUAUGUCACACGUUGUACAGACGGACUAAUGUAUAAAUAUGUGCAGCCUUUUGGUUGUUACGAUGUAAUCGACGCGUGAGAUGAUCGUUCCACGAUCAAGUUAUAGUGUAAUGAGGUAUUUAUUUGUUCAAAUAAUUUUAUUUGUACAAUGGCGGUUAAGAAGUACCCAUUCAAUACCUACAUAUCCUCUAAGUACUGUUGUAUAUUGUAUAUUUACUUAAUUAUUGUCUUUUAUCAAAUGUAAGUAUUACGACUUUACUAGAUACUGUCUCUAGAUAAUUAAUUCUUCUUGUUAAGAUCUAAUGUAACAUAAUACUAGUUUUUGGCCGCCAUUGCUUAUUUAUUGAAAUAUUGUGGUUGUACUAUAUUAUAGCGCACUCGAAUGACCCCAACACGUGCUGUGUCAUAGAUAAGUUAAAUAAAGUUGAAGAUGGAUCCAA